CACGGUAGAAGCGAUAUCAUCGUCAGAAACCAGAAGAGACUUGUGUCGACGGUAGUUGGUUAAACGUCGCGCGUAUUUAUGCACCGACACCGACUAUCAACAAACAAAAUCAUAGUUAACAUUCUACUACCAACCUUUCGAUAUCAAUCAACCACAUUCGAUCGGUGAAUUCACAAUCCUCCUACGAAGAGACAACCAGUAUCAUCUAUUGGAGCAACAGCGACGGACAUUAAGAUAACAAAUAAUCAAAAGAAAAAAACUACUUGUGUUUGAAUCAUCUAGAAACAAUCGACUUUAAAUCCGCGUUAGUGUAUCAUCUCGUGAUCGUCCUUCCCCAAAUAACUUACGCAUAGUUGCGCUAAGUCGCAAACAUCUUUCAUCAAUUCAACUCUUAUUUUUAAUUUGUGUGAUUGUGUGCGGGGUGCUUCAGGCAUUCUGCAAUAGACAAGUCGGCAAGAUUCGUGUCAAAAACAGAGAACCCGUUCCCGUUUACGCAAUGGAAAUGGAACCACAGGAACGGGACAGCGACAUCGGCGAUGACAGUCCAGUGUCUCAUCACGACGAGGAACUGAGCGAAGUAGAAUCCAGUGGAAAUCAGGAAGAUGUGGACAGCUGCGACGAGAUGCGUCGACACAACAGCAUGUUGGCUGAUCAUGGGGAUGUUCUCGCAAAGCUUAAGAUGCAGGUCCGGGACAUCAAGGUAGGGGAGGAUUUCGAGAACCGUCACAUGCCGUUCCCGAUGACCAACAGACCGAACGAGGGCUUCCAGUUGCCGGUGCCGUUCCCGUUUCCACAUCCGGCGGCUGCUUUUCUUCCUCCGAUGGCACCUCAACAGCAGCCUCCGUCCUCCGGGAGUUCACAUUCAUCAGAGGGAAGCGCUUCUUCCCAACACACCUGGUCAUUCGAAGAACAAUUCAAACAGGUGCGUCAGCUGUACGAGAUCAAUGACGACCCAAAACGCAAGGAGUUUCUCGAUGACCUAUUCUCUUUCAUGCAGAAAAGAGGAACUCCGAUCAACAGACUACCAAUAAUGGCGAAAUCUGUUUUGGAUUUAUUCGAAUUAUACAAUUUGGUAAUUGCUAGAGGCGGAUUGGUGGACGUCAUCAACAAGAAGCUGUGGCAGGAGAUUAUCAAAGGACUGCAUUUACCGUCGUCGAUCACAUCCGCAGCUUUCACAUUGCGUACACAAUAUAUGAAGUAUUUGUAUCCUUAUGAAUGCGAUAAGCGUCGCCUGAGCACACCGCAAGAGCUACAGGCCGCCAUAGAUGGAAAUCGUAGGGAAGGCAGAAGGAGUAGCUAUGGUCAAUACGAGUCAGUCCAUCAACGCUCUCCGAAUCCAGCGCAAAUGUCGCCGUUAACCCUGGUUUCGCAACAACAACAAAUUGCUGCAAGAAUGAAUUCCGUGAUGGGUGGGGGAAUCGGUUUACAUAAUGGUGCUCAUCAUCCUAGCCAUCCGACGCCUAUGGGUCAACCCAUGACCAGUGGCCCAAUACCAGGAUUGGCCCCCAGUGAAUUCGAGACUCGAAUGUUGGAGUAUGUUAAGUUGUUAAACAAAGAAAUAAGGAACGCUGGAUCAACCCCACCAAACCACGGCGACUCAUCCCCACGAAACGACAACUUGGAGAUGUCUCGUAUCACCUUAUGGAAUUUGUACAACAACAAUCAACCACCAGUCGAGCCUCAGAAGGAAGCACUUAAUCUAUCAGACAGUUCCCCGCCAAUGGUAAAACGAGAGCAGCCCGAUCACAGAGAUUCACCUCCGCUACCCAAGAAGUUCAUGAAGGAAGAAGAACCCCCCAAGUCGCUAACCAACAGCAGCACGCACAUCAAAAUUAACAGUCGAGGUGAUUCUCGCAACGGUGAUAAUUCAUUAGUGGUUAGUAUGGAGUUGAACGGUGUCACAUAUCAGGGUGUUCUCUUCGCGCAGACCGGCAAGACGGCGAUAACGUCGUAAACAAAUUUGCGCAAAUGUAAAAUGUUAUGAAAUCUGAUGCGAGCAACAGCAGCAGAUGAUUCGAACAUUCAAUACUUUAAAAGAUUACUUUUAUAUUUAAAAAAAAAACAUAAUAAUUUUUAACAUUACUCUUCCCUUA